UUAAAAUGUUUUAUUUAUUUUUGAGAGAGGGAGAGAGACAGAGCACGAGCAGGGGCGGGACAGAGAGAGAGGCAGACACAGAAUCCGCAAAGCAGUCUCCAGGCUCUGAGCUGUGAGCACAGAGCACGACAUGGGGCUUGAACCCGUGAACCAUGAGAUCAUGACCUGAGCCAAAGUCAGAUGCUCAACCGACUGAGCCACACAGAUGUCCCCAAAUGUCUAUUUAUUCUUGAGAAAGAGAGAGACAGAGAGGGAGACACAGAAUCUGAAGUAGGCUCCAGGCUCCCAGCUGUCAGCACAGAGCCUGCCCCCAGGCUGUAACUCACAACCCCGGAGAUCAUGACCUUAGCGAAGCCGGUGGCUUAACGGACUGAGCCACCCAGGCACCCCCCACUCCCAGAGCCACCCACACGCCCCUCGUUUUCUUUUAUCGCCUCUGUUUCUCCUACUACGUCAGUUUCCCGAGCGCCUCCUUAUGUUAAUAUUCGUCUUGAGGAGGAAAAGGGGGCCUGCGGAGGAGGGGGUGGCCUCACUUGCCAAGGGAAAGAUGAGCCUUGGGGACUUCUGAACCGAGUAACUCCUUUUGGGGUCCGCACCUGGGGUCCGGAGCUAAGUAAUCCUCGAUCACCCCCAGGGUGUAGUUUAGAAGCCUGUGACUGGCAGACAGUGAGGUUGGCCCUAGGACUCCACUUCCCAGGAGGUGUCGGGGCACCGUGCCGAGACUGCGUGUGACGACGGGGUGGGACUCGGUAGCUGCCCGGAUGUGGCGCUGAGCCCGCCGAGCCUGCCCACCCCGGGCGAGAAUUGCCCUGGAGGCUCUGCCCGCAUCGGUGAGCGACGCGGGGAGGACGAUCGUUUUGCCAGAAAAAUUCACUUACGUACAUUCACAUCAUAUUGUAUACUUCAGAGGCGGCUUCUAGGACCUACUGAAGCUUAUUGUCUAGCAGUCCAUGGACUCCGCGGACUCCAAGGGAAGAAUGCAGACAAUCAAAUGUGUGGUUGUAGGAGAUGGGGCUGUAGGUAAGACCUGCCUCCUCAUCAGUUACACAACAAAUGCUUUUCCUGAAGAGUAUAUCCCCACCGUCUUUGACAACUACAGUGCCCAGACAUCUGUGGAUGGCCAAAUUGUCAGCCUGAACCUGUGGGACACAGCUGGCCAAGAGGAGUAUGACCGACUGCGAACGCUGUCCUACCCCCAGACCAAUAUCUUUGUCAUUUGUUUUUCUAUUGGUAACCCAUCGUCGUAUGCCAAUGUGAGGCAUAAGUGGCACCCAGAGGUCUCUCAUCAUUGCCCCAAUGUACCUGUCCUGCUGGUAGGCACCAAAAGGGACCUGCGGAAUGACAUUGAGACAGUGAAGAAGCUGAAGGAACAGAGCCUAGUGCCCACAACUCCUCAGCAAGGCACUUCCCUGGCUAAGCAGGUGGGGGCUGUGAAGUAUCUGGAAUGUUCAGCCCUGAUGCAGGAUGGGGUCCAUGAGGUAUUUUCAGAAGCUGUCCGCGCUGUGCUUUACCCUGCCACAAAGAAGAACACCAAGAAGUGUGUCCUCUUAUAGCUUUCAGGGUGCUACUUGGGGACUGCACCUAAGGAGAAUGAGGGGGAUUCCUUUGAUAGCAUUUAACAAUGCCAGCACAAGUGAUUUGUCUCUUUUCCUAGAACCCGUAAGCUCCAGGUUGUUGGGCUUUUGGAGGAACAAAGACAGCCUAGUUUGUACAUGGCUGCUUUGAAGUUUGGUCUGAAUCUUCUGGAGGAAGUUUGGGGAGAGAGAGAGAGACUGACUUUUACCUCUAAAUUUAGCUUUCCUACUUAUAUUUACCAUUGAGCAAGUGCCUCACAGAAGGACAAGUUUCUACAGUUUUCAGAUCAUUGCCUUAAACUUUCUAAUAUGCUAAUUUUGGAAAAGCAUUUUAUAUGUGAUUCCUGGGUGUUCCCAGUAUUGGCAUGUUCUUCCCAUUCUUGAGAUGAGAUAUUUUUGCAAAAAAUGGUUAAGCAGCAUUUUUCAAAGUUCUGUCAGAUACUAAUAGAUGUUCCUUAAAAGGGUUCUGUGGUCAAGUAAGUCAGGAACCAGUGAUUUUUUUUCAGUUUUUGUUUAAAUGCCAGUUACCAUACAGUAUAAUAUUAGUUUCAGGUGUACAAUAUGGUGAUUGAACACAUCUGCACAACACCUGGUGCCCAUCACAACAAGUUCACCCCUUAACCCCCAUCACCUAUUUAACCCAGCUCCCCACCCACCUCCCUUCUGGUAACCCGUGAUUUAAAUAAAGCUGAAUAGGUUCCUCUACUGCAGGAAUUUAUAACUUUCAAUAAGUAGGCAACAUUUCCCAAAAUUAUUUCAUUGAACUUUUUUUGUUUUGGUCCCAUGCAACACCUGUUAACAUCUCUGGAAACACAUUUUCAGAGAUACUCAGUUAAUAGGUACUAGAAAUUCUCACAGAGGCUGCGGGGGGAAAAAGCAUAAUGUGAUCCUGUUCUUUUUGAGGUUUCUCUCUUUUUUAAUGUUUAUUUAUUUUUUUGGGGGGGGGGGGUAGGAGCAGAGAGAGAGGGAGACACAGAAUCUGAUGAGGCUCCAGGCUCCGAGCUGUCAGCACAGAGCCUGACGUGGGGCUUGAACCCACUAACGUGCAUCAUGAUCUGAAGUCUGAUGCUUAACUGACUGAGCCAUUCAGGUGCCCCUCCCUCUUUUUAAAAAAAGUUUUAUUUUGAGAGGGAGAGAGAGAGAGAGCUAGAGCACACACAAGUGGGGGAGGGGCAGGAGGAGGGAAGACAGAAAGAGAGAGAGAGAGAGAUGCAAAUCUGGAACUCAAGAACCUUGAGAUCAUGAUCUGAGCCAAAAUCAAGGGUUGGCUGCUUAACCUUAACUGACUGAGCCACCCAUGUGACCCAUUGAUGUUUCUUUCCCUCCCUAUGCCUUUGAGAGGAGUAUUCAUCCACCAUGGACUUGUUGUUGGUUCCUCUUCCACCCUCAGGAAAUGGGUUUGGCACUUAGUCAUGAUAGUGCCUUGGGAGUGGGGUCUUGAUGGUCAGAUCUGCUCAGAUUAUGAUAGCACUAUGGGCUUGGCGAUGUGGAGUUGAUCCCUCCAUAAAGCUGUGUCCCUGAGGUGUCUCUUAGUCCCUGUUUUUCUGUCAGCUUUCACUUUAGGAAAAGACCACUAAAGGUUAACCCCAUAAAUAAAACUAACCAACCAACAAACAAAAUGUUCUGCUAGUCAUUGUCAGGGAGUUCUUUGAUUCCCUCAGACUCCUCAGUGUCCUCUGAGUUACCGUAAAGGCUACCUUGCUCUCUUCCUGUUCCUCCCUCCUCUGUACAUCUGCAUCUGUGUGUGUGUGUGUGUGUGUGUGU